CUCUUUCUACCGUUUCUUUAGUGCUAUAAAAGAUGAAGACAAGUUACUGCAAUCUUUAGUGUGUACUUUUAAGAAUGGGUCGAUCACCAUGCUGUGACAAGGUGGGCUUAAAGAAAGGACCGUGGACUCCCGAGGAAGAUCAGAAACUCCUAGCUUAUAUUGAAGAACAUGGCCAUGGAAGCUGGCGAGCCUUGCCAGCAAAAGCUGGCCUCCAGAGGUGUGGCAAGAGCUGCAGACUGAGGUGGACCAAUUAUCUUAGGCCUGAUAUUAAAAGAGGAAAGUUCAGUUUGCAAGAAGAGCAAACCAUCAUCCAACUCCAUGCUCUACUAGGAAACAGGUGGUCGGCUAUAGCCACGCACUUGCCAAAGAGAACAGAUAAUGAAAUCAAGAACUACUGGAAUACGCAUCUGAAGAAAAGAUUAAUCCAAAUGGGAAUUGACCCAGUGACCCACAAACCCAGGAAUGAGGCCCUUGUGUCUCGCGACUGUAGCCAAUCCAAGACUGCAGCCAACCUUAGCCACAUGGCUCAAUGGGAGAGUGCUAGGCUUGAAGCUGAAGCAAGGUUGGCCGGAGAAUCCAAACUACGUUCAUCACUAUCAUUUACACCUUCAUCUUCUGCUUCUGCCUCAACUUCAGCUCACCCAGUUCUCAAGCCCUGGAAUAAUGUCGGGUGGCUGAAAUUCACUGAUCAAAGCAUUAACGGUGGUGGUGACCUUGAAUCUCCAAAGUCUACUCUAACUCUCUCUGAGAACACCCCACCUAUUAUGCCUAUGAUUGAGUUUGUGGGAACUUCUGGUUCUUGUGAGGCAGCAGGAAUGGUGAAAGAAGAAGGUGAUCAGCGAGAGUGGAACCACAGUAAUGGCUUAGAGAAUUCAAUGUCUUAUGCGUCUAGCCUGCAUCAUGAGUUGACAAUUUCCAACACGGAAGGCACAUGGGCCUCUCAAGAGCCUCUUCUCAGGAUCGGUACUAGUGGGGAUGUUGUUGCUGAGGAUCAGGGAUUCACCAAUCGGCUGCUUAACACAGACUCUGACGAUCGGAGCUUGUCAGAUGAGGGCGGAGGAGAGUCUAACAAUUGGGAUGAUAGUGACGGUGGUGCUGGCAGUGGCAUCUUGUGUGAAGAUGAUAAGAACUACUGGAACAGCAUUCUUAAUUUAGUUAACUCUAAUUCGCCUUCUCAUUCCCCCAUGUUCUGAUUCAAAAGUGUGGGAGACCCAUGCAUCGCGAUUUUCCUUUCCAUUAUCGUCGUAAGAAGAAGAAAUCAGAAUCUUUACAGAAAAACGGUAAGUUUGCAUAGUGGUUCUCGACUUCUGGUCGCU